AUGUCUGGCGAAGCUCUUAUUGAUUGGCGAAAACUCUUUGCGGUGGGGAUUGAUCAGGAAUUGGAGUUCUUUCUACCAGCGGAGAUCGAGGGCUCUCGUGUAGUGAAGCUGUCGAAAGAAGUAAAGGGGCUUAGCUUUAUUGCAAGCAUUGUAGGGAAGCCUCUCCAUAUGGAUUCAAUUACAGCUGUUAGAGAGAAGCUUGAAUAUGCUCGAGUAUGCGUUGAGAUUCCUGCUGAGUCUUUAAUUCAUGAUCAUAUUGAUGUUGUCCUGAGUGAUGAAUCAGUGGCAAGAAUUAGGGUAUCGGUUCCUUGGAUGCCUAGCUAUUGUACUGAUUGUGGGCAUUUUGGGCAUUCUAAUGACCAGGUUGGAGUUGAUGGUGAUCUUGUUGAAAAUAAUGCUGCUGCCAACUCAAUAACAUAUGGUGAUAAAGGUUGCAAUGUCAUAUUGGAUGUGAUCAAGCAAGCUGAACAGUCAAGUAAUCCUCCUAUUAAGAGAGGUAGAGGAAGAUCAACUAAGGAGGGUAAGGUUGAUGGAGGAGGUUUAAAGAACAAAUUUGAAAUUCUUAACUCUAUUGACCCUGAUAUUUUGCUGGAAAUUUCUGUUGUUGAUUCUGGUAAAAAACAGAGAGGCGAUUCUUUGGGUGUGGCAAAGCUAGUUCAGGAGUUGAAACUGAAGAAGAAAGAGCAUGUGGAUAAAGUCAAUAAAUUUAAGGAAAGAGGGGGUGUUUCUUCCUCUUCAAAUAUUAGCAUUCUAUAUCUCCUGGAAACUAGAGUGAAAGAGAUUAAUUCCAUAGUUAUCUUGUCUGAGAAGUUUAGUGACUGGCAGUAUUGUUGCAACUACAGUUAUGCUGAAAAUGGUCGCAUCUGGGUCAUUUGGCAAAACAAUGUAGUCUGCUCUAUUAGCUCUACUUUUGAUCAAAUUAUUACUCUUAAGGGUCAUUUUGGGGGUAUUGAAUUCUUUAUUACUGUUGUGUAUGGUUUGAAUGAUAGCUCUAUUCGUAGACAUCUUUGGAUUCAACUUAGCUCUGUGGAAGGUUCUAGCUGUGUAGAGGACUCGGGGCUGUUUGACCACCAUUACAUAGGUCCAUUGUUUACAUGGACGAAUAAGCAACAUGAUACAUACUUGGCACGCAAGCUGGAUCGAGUUCUUGUCAACCCAAAUUGGAUUGAAGCAUUUCCUUCUUCUGAUGUUGAGUUUCUGGCACCUGGUGACUCUGAUCACUGCCCAACAUUAGUAUGUUUGCAUAAGGAAGCUCCUGCCAAUAAGCCCAAGCCAUUCAAGUUUUUUAAUUUCUGGGCUAUGCACCCUGAUUUUAUGUCCAUUGUCAAGGAAUCAUGGCAGGCCCCGGUUACUGCCAACCCAAUUCAAACUCUCUACCUAAAGCUCAAAAGGUUGAAAAUAAGCCUUAAAGAGCUUAACAUGAGCCAUUAUAGUGACAUCUCGGGAAGCAUUAAUGCUGAAUUGGAAGCUGAAAAGGAAUUAAAGGCCCUUGAGGAGGCUGAGAUGUUAUUUUACAAGCAAAAAACAAAAAUGGACUGGAUUAGGGAUGGUGACCAGGGUACUCGAUUCUUUCACUCCAUGGUUAUCACUAAAAGGAAAAACAACACAAUGAUAGUCUUAUACAACCAAAGUGGUGUAAGACUUGAUACUUUCGAGGACAUGUCAAAUGAAGUGAUUAGAUUCUUUGUGAACCAACUUGGGGUGGUUGACCCUAAGGUAAAAGGCAGUAAUGUCAGCACUAUCAAGGAUUUACUUGGCUUUUCCUUGCCAAGGGAUGCAUCAGAUAGCUUAUGCAAGGAUGUUUCUGAAGCUGAGAUCAAGGAGGCCUUGUGGGGGCAAGAGAAUAAUAAGUCCUCUGGUCCAUAUCGCUAUAAUGCUUUCUUUUUCAAGAAGGCCUGGUCUAUUUUAGGAGAGGACUUCCUAGCAGCAGUCAGGUACUGUUUUGAUCACUCAUGUAUGCUUAUUUCAUUCAAUGCAACAGCUUUUGUGCUUGUUCCUAAAAUCCCCAAUCCAAGCUUAGUAAAGAACUUUAGACCCAUCUCAUGUUGCACUGUUGUAUACAAAACUGUCACUAAAAUUUUAGUGCAUCGCCUCUCUUCUGUUUUCCCUGAUAUGAUAUCUAUGAACGAAACUGCAUUUGUGAAAGGGAGAAGCAUAGUGGACAAUACCUUACUAGCUCAGGAACUUGUUAGGGGUUACUCAAGAAGGAAAAUCUCCCCUAGAUGUGCCCUUAAAAUAGACUUACAGAAGGCUUUUGAUUCCUUAAAUUGGGAGUUUAUUGAUGUGAUUUUGUAUGCUCUAGGGCUGCCUGAGAAGUUCAUUGGCUGGACAUGGGCCUGUUUUGCAAAUUUUAGAUACUCUAUUGUUUUCAAUGGCAGUCUUGUUGGAUACUUUAAAGCUGCUAGAGGAGUGAGGCAAGGUGAUCCCCUAUCACCUUACAUUUUUGUUCUUGUCAUGAAUGUUCUGCCUAACCUCCUGAAUGUGGCUGCUACAAAAGGAGUCUUUAGUUAUCACCCUAAAUGCAAGAGGAUUUGUCUCACCCACCUUUUCUGUUGA